UCGUCGCCACUGUAGCCGUCAGAAAGCGAGACGGAGAAGCGAGAGCGGAGAGGCUUGAAGAAGACUGACUGAACCAAGCACUGCGACACCUAGCGGCAAAACACCGGACAAAACCAAAUGGAUCCCAAAAGCUGUGACUGUGCUCAAGGUGGUACUUGCACCUGCGGGACCAACUGCAAAUGCAAGGACUGCAAAUGCAAGGACUGUAAGAAAGCCUGCUGUUCCUGCUGUCCUGCUGACUGCAGUAAAUGUUCCCAGGGAUGUGUGUGUAAAGGAGAUUCCUGCAACAGCAGUUGCUGUCAUUGAGCUGUUGCCUUCAAGUGGCUGUUACUGUAAAAUAUUACAUGUUCACGCAUAGGUUUCUUUCAAAAUAAUGUGUGUAAUUUACAAUAUUUUGCAUAGUUGUAAUGGUUAAUUUGGAAGAGUACAAUAAAAUUUUAUAAUAUAAGUCAUGUUUUAUAUAGUGUGGAUUCUCUGCAAACUUUUAGUUAACUGGUCAAUCACUGAAAGCAAUCUCAUUUAAAAUGGCUGUAAAGACUUCUCUGUUUAAACAUUAAAGGAGGAUGACAAACUUGGA